AAGAAAGGCGCCAUUUUUGUGAAAACUGCAAGAUAGCAGAACUUGCCAGAAGCUCAAAUUGAUAUGAUAUUUAACCUAAAUCAUCUAAUGAAUAAUUUUAUUUUUGUAUGGAUGUGAACCAAGAAUGUCAAGGAAGCAGUUAGCAGAGGUUCUUCAGUUACUUCAGGGUAACCAGACCAAGACGGUGUUUGAGGGUCGAGUUCUCAUCCUGAAGAUAUUGGAGGGAUGUUUAUCAGACACCAAGAGAAUUGCAGAGUCACUGACCAGUAGCGGUGAGAACAGCGAAUGUCACACGGUGCUACAGUGGUGCCACCACCAUGUGGUCAGUAACAGAGAGUACUUUAUCCCCUCCACCCACACGUCAGGGGACGAAACCCCCACCCUGGGCAACACCCGCAACACUAGGUCACCGCAGGAGGAGUUACUGUCCUUUGCCUUCACUCGAUGGUUUUUGCUGAAGAUGAUAUGGCUGCAGAGUAAGCCAGAGUGUGCAGGGUUACAUGACAAGUGUCAGAAGAUUUCUGUGGAGCUUCUGCAGGUCAUCAAAUGGGGCGACCUCUUCUCCUUUUCCCAACUCCUGACUGAACUUAUUUAUACCAUCGCAGAACUGGUCAAGAUCAAUGAAAACCUCUACAAUGGAGAUGUGGGGAGCACACUGCAGAGAUUUUCUGUAGACGAGGAGACGGUGAAGAGGAGCUUAAAGGACCCAGUGAAGGAUGAAGGUGAAACUGAAACAGACAUCAUCACUAUACCAAGUUUGGACAUAUUUACUGUAGAGGAGUGUGAAAGUUUACAGAUGAACUUAACGAAGGUAUUGCUGUCCUUGUGUGAUGACCUUGAUUUAGUGGGGAAUCCCCUGUGUGACGUUGUUUGGGGAGCCAUGUGCUGCCAUCUGGAAUUUUAUGAUAUUGAGAUGAAAAUUGAGUCACUGAGGGUAAUAGAGAAGCUGUUGUUAGCUGGACUUCCACAGAUUCACAUACACGACUACUUCAUAGCCUGUCUGAGUGCUCUAGUAGAACUGCUCUGUGAGGGCUGUAAGGAGGCAGAAAGCAGAGAAAGACAGGAACUAGAGGAGAGAACAGCCCAGGUUCUGUUAAGUGUGUGUCUGGCCGACAAGAAGCCCCUGGCCCCCAGUCACCUAUCAGACUUCCAGCAUCAGAACAUCCUACAGAAAAUGUGUCGCCACAUCCAGCAACAUGGCUUCCACAACCUGGUUACUGUUGCCAUGGCAAUGUCCUUGUCUGACCUCCUGAGUCACUGCUUAGAGGCUCUUACUGUAGCUGGUCCCUCAGAAGGGGAAACCAAACACAUCAAAGACCAAGUCUUCUCUGUACUGUUACAGGAAGUUGGAAAGAAUACUAGGUCACAGUACCUGGUCAGGCCUCUGGUGAUUUUGUUAAUGUCUGACAUCAAACAGGCAUAUAGUGGACUAACAGAUACAUCAGUUACCAUGGCAGUGGACAAGACAGAUACAGCUCCAUCACAGUUCAAACGCAAAAGAAAGGCAGAUGAACAGCCUACUCAGCAGAAGGCAAAGCCACCACACAGAUACCUGAGGCUGAAAUCAAAGAUUAAAAAACUGAUCAGCAGCCUAAAGGACCCGAAUCAGGACAAGCAUGCUGAGAUUUUGGAGGGGAUUCACACAGCUCUCAAGGUGAUCAGUGUGGGCGUCAUGACAAGUUUUGAGGCUUCAUAUAACCACAAAAAAAUUCUUCCAGAAGAUGCAAGCUCUGUGUUGCUAUGGUUACAACAUGACCUUGUGGAGAGUGUCCUUGACACCUGGAAGUUGACCCUGCAGUACAGUCACCACUGGAACCCUGAUGAACUGAAUGUAAACACCCUGUCUAUUGUUAGAUCUAUAGUGGCUGUGCUGGACACACAAGAGUGGACCGAUCAUGAGGAUACAAUGUGUUGGAUGUUGUCAUUACCAUGGUUACUAAAUGAUCCCUCCUGGAUGGACCUGAAACCCGUCGAGUCUAAGACAGUCAGCAAGAUCAGUCAGGAAAUCUCCGAUAAAUUGGAUAAUGAAGUCAGAUGUGAGUGUCUCAGGGGGCUGUCUUUGUUGCCUAAAGAGGUUUCUCCUCAGUGGAGGGUACAUGUGUACCGACAGGCAUGUACAGACUCAGAUACUGAAGUCAAAAUAGCAGCUGUACAGUGUCUGCCCAUGUUACUCGUUCAUCUGGGACCAAAUGCAAAUCACCUGGUUCAUGACCUUUUGCUACCAAUGGUCAAUACAACUGAUUCUGUAACCCAGGAAGCCCUAGUCUCCAUAGCAGGGAUACUGGCCUGUGUCAUCUGUAGAAAGGCUGUACUCAGGAAAGAGAGAAAUAAGUUUGGUUUGGUGGAACACAGUCGUAAAAUCCAGUGUUUAUCCUGUGACAAUCUCCUGGAUAAACAUGAGAAUGCUUCAUCAAAAGAGAGACCUAAACUUGUAGAUCCAAACAUGUUCUCACCAUUCCUGAAUCUGAUUGGUCGACACAACACCCAAGUGAAACUUAAACUGAUUAACUGUAGUCUAGAGAGGAUCUUUGGACACAUUGGAGUCCGUUCUAAUAAUAGUUCUACCAUACAGAUGUUAAAGACGUGCAUGUCCCUCAUCCAGGACCCUGACUUCGGGGUCAGAGAACAGUUCAGUAAGAUUAUUGGUUCCAUGGUCGGGGAGGGAAACAGUGACUCCAAUCAGCUGAUUGUUCGAACGCUGAAAGAGACGCUGGAGUCAGCAAGGGUCCAACAGAAUAUACGACUCCAACAGACCGUGAUACUAACUAUAGCUCAGAUUGGCAGGGUAGCUGAGGAUGAGCUGUUACUUGUGGUCAUUAUUAGUUUACUGGAAAACAUGCUGUCUAAAGUACAGUUGAUCGCAGCAAUAGCAUACCAACAGCUUAAAUCGGUGGCCAAAUACAAGAAAACCAAAACUCAGAAUUUGUUUCUCAACUCGAGACAGCAGAUUUGUAAGUUUCUGGUGACAGCAAUGUUAGACUCACAGAAGAGCAAUGCUGGCAGAUCGGCAGAUGAGAUAUUAAGAGAUGUGGCUGAUGUUUUGGAUUUCAGAGACUGCAAGUCUUUUCUGAAGGCGGCGGGGAAGUGUAUGAUCCCUCAAUUGGUCAGUACAGCAUCAUCAGAAGCCUCCUCCCUCAUUAAAAUGAUCGCCACCAUCCUAGAUCUACCAAGUCGUAUGAAACUGUUACUGGAGAACAUUAAGUAUGUGUUUGCAUACCUCGUUUGUUUCUGUCAGCGCAGUGAAAUGGAGCGAGCCAUCAUUUUUCUUCAGAAUGAGACUGACCUUGAACUUGCCCAGCUGUUGAGGAUGAAUUUCCAGGUGGUACAUCAGGAACUCCUUCUGUAUCUCAGUACCCACUAUAACCAGGUAUUCAAUGGACUGCGACAUCUUUCCACCUAUGACCACAAUUACACGGGUCCUAGAGAUAUCAAGACUUCAGAACAAAUGGCCGAUUACCUCCAGCCCAGACUUCUAGGGGUCAUCGCUUUCUUUGAUUUCCAGCUUCUCAACGCCAGCACUCCAUUGUCCGACAAAAAACUGACAAUGGAGAGCCUGACAGCCAUUAUUAAACUGAUGGGGAAGAAACAUAUAGGAACAAUUCGACACAAAGUCAUCGGAACCCUCAGAAUUGGACUCCAGUUCACGGAUCGAGAGUUCAUCGAGAUUAUUUGUCAAGCCUGGAACUGUUUUGUUAAGAGCCUAGAGUUGCCUUUCCUUGGACAAAUGAUGUCCCAGAUAAUUGCUACUCUCCUACCACUCCUUGAACACCUGCCUAAACAAGUCGCGGAAAUCAUCAACUUUAUCAUCGUAGAUAAGAGGUACCAAGUUUAUACAGAGAAGCUGUUUGUUCUUGGUUCUCUUUUCACUCUCUAUAAAUUCUCAAAAUGUUACUUUGUCUCCUAAACAAUUUUCCUUAUUUCAAUUUCAUCCCUUCUUUUCAGAGGAAAUUUCAUCAACUUUGCAUAUUGUGA